AUCAUGUAUAAAGCCUGCGUCUGAGCCAGAGGUGCUGUUUUGGCCAGUGUGUAGUUCUUAAUACCAUAAUGGAGCUUUUCCGGUGUCUCUUUUGUGUGAUGGUGGUUGUUGUUUUGGUUUGUGAUGUCGCUGCCCAGCCUCACUGGAUGCUGCCUGUGCAAAAACACCAGCCUCAACAGCCGAAGGUCCCUCCGGCAGCAGCUCCCUUUGAUAAAUGCCAGGUGGAGCGGCAUGAGAAGAUCCAGUGUGGGACUGAAGAUAUCACAGCUGAGCAAUGUGAAAACAUAAACUGCUGCUUUGAUGGGCGGCAGUGCUACUAUGGGAAAGCAGUGACUGUGCAGUGUACCAGGGAUGGCCAGUUUGUGGUGGUGGUGGCUCAAGAUGCCACUGUGCCCCACAUAGAUGUGGAUUCAGUCAGCCUGCUGGAGACAAAUGACCCCUCCUGUACUCCUGUUGACUACACAGCUGCUUUUGCCAUUUUCCAGUUCCCUAUGACUGCAUGUGGAACAAUAUUAAAGGAGGAACAGGAUUAUGUGGUAUACGAGAACCACAUGUCCUCUUCAUAUGAAGUGGGAGUUGGACCCAGAGGCUCAAUUACCAGGGACAGCCAUUUUGAGUUAUUGUUCCAGUGUCGAUAUUCUGGCACAGCGGUGGAGGCUCUUGUCAUGGAGGUGAAUGAGGUUCCUCCACCUAUGCCGGUUGCUGCUCUAGGACCCCUCAGGGUGGAGAUGAAACUGGGCAAUGGACAGUGUCACUCGAAGGGAUGUUUUGAGGAGGAGGCAGCAUACAGCUCCUUCUACACUCCAGCAGACUAUCCAAUCACUAAAGUGCUGAGGGAGCCAAUCUAUGUGGAGGUGAACAUCCUGGAGAGGUCUGAUCCAAACAUUGUCCUGAACCUGGAGCACUGCUGGGCCACUUCUAACCCUAAUCCUAACAGCCUGCCACAGUGGGACAUUCUGGUUGAUGGGUGUUCCUACCAUGACGACCGGUACUUGACCACAGUGUUGCCUGUAGAUGGCUCCUCUGGGCUCCCCUAUCCAAUGCACCACAAACGUUUUGCUGUGAAAAUGUUCACGUUUGUGGAUCAAAACACCUUCACUCCUCAGAAGGACACGAUCUUCAUCCAUUGUGCUACGGCAGUGUGUUAUCCCAGCAGCACAAACUCUUGUGAACAGUCAUGCCACCGGCAACGAAGAGCUGCAGUCACUGAAGUUUCCCAGAGUCAGAAGGCUCUGGUCUCAAGCGGCGAGGUGAUCCUGACUCCAUCUGCUCCCAACACCAAAUCAAAAAGAUGAGAUCCACUGGCAGCCAUUUCUGGCUGUGACUUUUAAUAAAAGCUUGUCAAAAGCUCAUGCUUA